AUGAACAUGGCCGCCGCGAUGAAGGCGCAGAAAACGGGACUGCUGGAGCUCCGGGUGACCGUGGACCGCUGGACUCGGGUGCUGGCCACACUCACCGAGGACACGCUGACGGUCAACCCCGGCGAGGGCGCAGACGAGGCGGCCAAAACUAAUCCGAAUUCCGCGGGGGCGAUUAACGGAGACCCCCCCAAUCUCAGCUCGUGUCCCGUUCCGGAGACCAUCACCAACGUGAAGCGCACGGUGCGAGUCACCAAACAAGAUGUUGGAGGACUCGGCAUUAGUAUUAAAGGUGGGAAGGAGAACAAGAUGCCCAUUCUCAUCUCCAAGAUUUUUAAGGGCUUGGCCGCUGACCAGACAGAGGCGCUUUAUGUGGGUGACGCCAUAUUGUCUGUCAACGGCUGCGACUUACGGGAGGCCACGCACGAUGAGGCUGUGCAGGCCCUGAAAAAGACUGGCAAGGAAGUCAUUCUUGAAGUGAAAUACAUAAAGGAGAUGUCUGCCUUCUUCAAGAGUUCGGGCUCUCCUGGGGGAGCUCUCCCAUGGGACUCUCCUCCCCCAACGCCUCAGAAGGGUGCUGACCUCUUGUCCGCCGAGUCAAGGGAACCCCGCAGCAUCCCCAUAAAAAUGUGCCAGGUGUCUCGCAAGCAGUGCCCCCCUGACACAGAAAACCGGUACUUCGAGGUUGUUUCCCACAACAGAAAGAACUCUGUGUUCUUGCGGGCCAAAGACCCAGCCAUGGCCCAGUCCUGGUACAAUGCCAUCCAGGCUUGUACUGCCAACCUUUUACCACAAGUGAAGGAGGAGUUGAAGAAGUUGCAGCCAGGAAUGGAAGUCAAACACUUGGGCUGGAUUACAGAACAGGCGGUGCAAGGACCGGAGAGGCCGGUCCUCGCAGUGCUGACUGACCGGGAGCUGCUUCUCUACCCCGCCUUGCCCGAAAGCAAAGAUGCCAUCAGCAGCCCCGCUAAGAGUCACCCUCUCAUCACCACCAGACUAGUCCACUCCGGGCCAGGGAAAACCUCUCCUCUGCUAGAAUCGGAGCUUUCAUUUGGGCUACGUUCUGGCACAAAGCAAGGUGUUGAGACCCAGGUUUUCCGGGUGGAUUCCCCAAAAGAGCUGUCGGCGUGGACUCACCUUCUGGUCGACGGCUGCCACAAUGCCGCCGAACUCAUCAAGGAGGUCACAACAGCCUGCAGCUGGAACGGAAAGGAGUGCACCCUGGGAGUGCACAUCGAUGAGGGUUUCACGCUAUUCACGGAAGAGUUGGGCGUCCGCAAGAGCGUCUUGCUGCAGCAUCCUUUCGAGCGGCUGAGGAUGUCUUCGGAUGACGGCGUCCGUAUGAUGUUUCUUGACUUUGGAGGGCCUGAGGCUGAAAUUCAACUGGAUCUUCAUUCAUGCCCCAAGACGAUCGUAUUCAUCAUUCACUCGUUUCUCUCCGCCAAGGUUAAGCGACUCGGCCUCCUGGCAUGA